AUGCAGGACCAGGAUGGUGGUUAUAAGCGUUUCCAGAUGGAAGAGUAUACGAGCGAGGACAGCCAUCUCAAAUCUAAAGGAAAGCUUUACCAGUAUUACUGCUCCCUGUGUGGCCAGAUGGCCUUGGUGACGGAUUGUCUGUUGGACGAACUGCCCAGGCGCUCGACGGACGGUGCCCUGGCCCUCGAUGAGAACACGCACUUCCAUAAGAAGUAUCUAACACUGGGGGAGCGUGUCUGUCUGGAUCGUGGAAAAGACAAAAUCGAAAUCCAGUACCGUUAUAACUGCAAAAAUAAUCGCUGCGG